CUCGGCGGGGUCCAGAGAUUUUCCAAGCGAAACCUUCGACCAAGGGAGAACGAUUGUUAGAAAGACAACAUGCUCAACUACGCUUCCCAUGGCUACCAAUAGCAUUAAGCUCCUGACGGGCAACAGUCACCCCCAGCUGGCAAAAGCUGUGGCUGAUCGGCUCGGGAUUGAGUUGACUAGGGUGCUCGUCUUGCAAUACUCUAAUCAAGAGACGUCGGUCACGAUCGGCGAGAGCGUGCGCGACGAAGAUGUCUUCAUCCUGCAGUCCACGGCACCAGGCGACAUCAACGACGGGUUGAUGGAACUCCUGAUCAUGAUCAAUGCCUGCAAGACUGCGUCGGCACGCCGAAUCACCGCUGUGAUACCAAACUUCCCGUACGCACGGCAGGACAAGAAGGACAAGUCUCGCGCUCCCAUUACCGCGAAGCUUAUGGCGAACAUGCUGCAGGUCGCUGGCUGCAACCAUGUCAUAACGAUGGAUCUACAUGCCAGCCAGAUUCAGGGCUUCUUCAACGUUCCCGUCGAUAACUUGUAUGCCGAGCCCAGCACCCUGAAGUGGAUCAAGAACAACCUCCCCGUCAAAGAGUGCGUGAUCGUAAGCCCGGACGCGGGUGGCGCAAAGCGUGCGACAAGUAUAGCGGACGGGCUGGACGUGAGCUUUGCACUCAUCCACAAGGAGCGUGCGAGACCCAACGAGGUCAGCCGCAUGGUGCUUGUGGGUGAUGUUAAGGACAAGAUCGCCAUCAUCGUGGACGACAUGGCAGAUACGUGUGGCACACUCGUCAAGGCCGCAGACGUAGUCAUGGAGCACGGUGCCAAGGAGGUCAUUGCCGUUGUAACACACGGGAUCCUUAGUGGCAAUGCAAUCGAAGCGCUGAAUAAGAGUAAGCUCAAAAAGGUCGUCGUGACAAAUACAGUACCCCAUGAAGAAAAGAAGAAGCUGUGCCCAAGAAUCGAGACAAUCGAUAUCAGCCCAACGUUGGCUGAGGCGUGUCGUCGUACACACAAUGGAGAGAGCGUGUCGUUUCUCUUCAAGCAUGCUCCCGCGGAUUAGUUCUUAUACAAUAAAUUUAGUCUCAAGACACAAGGGUACACGAUUCGAGCAUCGUUGGUUCGUCGGUGGUCAAAGGGAACUGACGCGUUCUUUCGGGUAGUUGUAAUCCUGUAGGCAUGGACAAGGCGUUAUUUCAUUCAUCAGCAAAGAUUUCACUGGCCAUAAUGAAUUGUGUAUCUAUUCAUUGUGCAUGGGAUCAACGAUAAAAAAUUUUGUUCACAUCGACCGGGAGGAGGAAAUGUUGGUAGCAAAUCAGGCAGAUCAAAAAUAAUGCAUUGAAUGUCGACAUGCCGCUGCCGCGAGCAAUAGUCGCUCUAUGCUUUCCAUACAAA